UUUCCAACCUGAACCAGUCUGUAUACUCUGUCCUUAAUCUAGCCUGAACUCUUUAGCAAAUGAACACGAUUGUUCGGAGAACACCGUCGCGUCACGAUUUUUGUUUCUUCUGAACUCAACUCUCUCAAGACUCCCGCACUGCGACUUGUGCAAGAAUCACCUUAGCUGGUCUGAAGAUUAAUUACACGACACGUAAACAAUGAAUUGAUCACAGAGUUAUAACUUUACUUCCUGGAUUCAAACCUACGCAGCGGUAUCACACGUAUACCACAUGAGCAAAUCACAACACACCCAGACGGCCAUUGUGUUUGUCGGGAUAACUGUUGCAUGACGGUAAUCGGUAACGUAAACUGAAGACUGGAUGACGUACAAAGCUUCGCGAGCGGUUUUGUGGUGACACCAGUCUGUGAUCUCCCCAAUGUUGGGUGGGUGCUGUAGAAAGUCCACUGCAGCGCAUCCUUCAUCAAGUUAGUCGUGUAAAGAGGCCUCUUUCGCACGGGAAGUACAUGCAAUACGCGAUGGCAUGUUCCUGCUGAUGCAAACAUCUGGAGGAAUGUUGUAUGUUUGGACUGCACGGCAGUCAUAUCGUGGCCAGUUCUCAUCGGAGAGGUAUUAAACUAAACCUAACCUGCUCUUUAAGAACACGCGGAUGUGAGUGCGGGCAGGGCCUUCACCUUUAGCAAUAGUUUACGGAGAAAGAGUCAAGUGUGAGUCAAGAUUCCCGUCAAAACCAUGAUCAUCAAGCGGAGGACCACUUUCUUCUUUUUCGCCUCCCUGGGCGCCUUUGUCUCGCUCAUUUUCACCGGCGUGGCCAUCGUCACUAGUCACUGGAUCAAUGCCCAGCUCCAGAAGAACACGACGGGCCAGCUGGACCCCGCCUUCCCGCUGAAGGACUAUCUGGGCAACAACCCCAUCCAGUUCGACCCAGACGACCCGGGGGCCUUCCUCGGCCUGGAUUACUUCGGCCUCUUCCAGGGCUGCAAGAAGUUCAAUUACGGAUUCGGGGCCAGAGAAUGGAACUGCUAUAAAGUUUUCAGCGAGCAUGCAAAUGUGUACAGUGUGGGCUACCCAAUUGCUGUCUUCGUCUGUUUGACCAUUGCCAUCACCUUUGCCCUGGUGUCAACCAUCUUCGGGUUGGUUAACACGCUGACGGUUCCCAUAAAAACCUUCCACGGACCAAUGGGGCUGUACUUGUGGAACGCCAUUGGAGCUAUCGGCAGCUUUCUUGCGUGGCUGUUGUACUUGAUCUUAUACCUGACGCAACUCACCACCAAUGUCCUGACCAAGGCAGACAUGGAUCCACCCAACAACUUCCGGACCACUUCGGUGUCUUUCGGCUACUCCUACUGGCUGGCUCUGGCAAGCUUCGUCCUCUUCCUCCUCAACAUCUUCUUCGUCUUCCUGGCUCACCUUCUACAGGAACCGGACCUCUUGAAAAGCAAGAAGAAGAAAAGCGAGCCCAAAAGCAGCAAAGGGACGGGAAACAACAACGUGGGCCUGGGGCUUAUGUACUAAGGUGCUGACUGAUAAAUGGCCGAUCUGUUAAGCCCCGCCCUUGGAGUGAGGUGGCCAAUCACAGAAGUCGGAUUUGCGUGCAUUUGCCAAAGACGCGCUCCUUAGGAACACGCAUGAGUUCUUCCUCGAGAUAAGAGGACGUAAUUACUUGGAGCUGUCAUUAAUAAAGUGAAUGUUUGUGAGUGUAAUGAUGAGCAUUAUUUCACGAGGUGGCAGAAGGAAUGGGCUGUUCGUCGACUGGGAGGUGAAGCUGAGUGGAAUGGAGCAUUCCGUCUGUCACCGGGUGAGAUUAUAAUUCCAUCGCACCGAAAUGAAACACUUUAUUUGCUUUAUUUAGAGCCUCAACAAAUUUCUGCCUUACCCGGAUGAAUCACAAACUAUAACAUAUGAUUUGGCACCGCGGCUGCGACGAAUAAUUCACUGACCCACGACGAACGAUCUACUAGUUAGAAUGUGAACAACAAUACAGGUCGAUAUAUCGCUAUAUGACAAUACAUGUAUAUGCCAAAGUGUACGGGCAUAGACUGAGGCCGUGUCCGAAACGGGCUUCUAGAGCUACGGCU